AUGGCUUCCGUGACGAGUUUGGACCAGGACAUGCGCAAACUGCGCUUGGAGCGGUACACUCCAGGCGCUGCCAAUGAGGUGCGGAACUGGAUCGAAAGCACACUCGGAGAGCGACUGGCUCCGGGGGACUUGAUGGAAGCACUGAAAGACGGUGUGGCUCUGUGCAAACUCGUCAAUUUGGCUGUCGCACCAAACAUAUCGGGUGUCAGAUACAAGCAAUCCAACAUGCCUUUUGUGCAAAUGGAGAAUAUCUCGCACUUCCUGACUGCUUGCGAGAAGCCGCCAUUGAAUCUUCCGUCCCACGAUCGAUUUCUUACGGUCGACCUCUACGACUCCAAAGACCCUGCUCAGGUCCUGCAAUGCAUCGCCGCGUUCAGCCGCCGAGCGAACCAGCUGAAUCCACUGAACUUCCCCACCACCUUGGGAGCGAAGAGCAAAUCCGCCAUGAGUCCUCAAGGAACAGGCUCCAGCGCCCCAAGAUCUCCAGCCUAUACGACCACCGCAAGCUCGAGACCACGAGGUACAAGUAACGCAGCCCCCGAUAGCCCAUCCAUCACCUUCAACCCCCUCAACAAAGCCGCCUACUCCGGCCGCGUAAGCCCGUCCAAGAAUACUCUCGGCCGAGGGGGGUUGGCCUACGGCGGUCCAGUCAGCAGCUGGAGUUCCAAGGACGAUGAAGGCAAGACAGCUCCAGCAUGGAACAUCCAUCAAUAUGGCUAUAUGGGUGGCGCAAGCCAGGGCAACCAGGGCGUUGCGUUUGGUGCCAGACGGCAAAUCACUUCUGCUGCGCCCAACGUCCCCAGCCUGGCCGAGAAAGAGAAACGUCUCAGAGAAGAAGCGGAGCGAAAACGGCAAGAACAAGAAGAACAGGAAAGGCGACAACGUGCGCAGCGUGAGGCAGAAGAACAACAGGCCAGACUAGAAGAGGAGCGCAGGUGGGCCCUAGAGACUCAACGGGUAAGAGAGCGAGAAGCCGCUGAACAACGAGCUGCAGAACAGCAGCGUCUUCAAGAGGAAGACCGAGUGCGCCGUGAAGAACAGCGUAGGAAAGAAUUGCAGUACGAACUUGAGCGCGACCGUGAAGCCCAAGAUGCGGCUGAGCGCGAGGCCCGCAUGGCGCACACCAGAGGCCAGCAACGGACCGUCAGCGAUGCCCGUCUCAACGGGCAAUUCCUCAGCCAGUAUCAAACCGACCAGACCAGGGCUACUGCUGAUCCACCCCCAGCCGCCAAACCCAUCGUGCAGCAGCAGACGGCCGAGAGCCAGCGCAUUGCGGAACUUGAGCGGCAACUGGAAGAGAUGAAGGCGCAACAAAGACAAUCUCAGUCGACUCGGUCAGGUCCAUCUCAGCCUUCAGACACCGAGUCAGACCCUGCUGCUCCUGCUUUACCAAGCAGACCUCGACCCGGAGAGACCAGUCAUGAAGACGACUGGUCGGCUUCUGAGCGGGACUACUUGAAGCAGGAAUGGCAGAAGAACCAAGAUCAAGCCCCACCGAAGCCACCACGGCCCGAGGCUCCUCCGUCGUCUCGUCCUCUGCCCGACCCAGCAGCAUAUCAAGCCGGCGCGAAUCGAACGGACCGAUAUCUCGCCACGAAUGCUGCUCCAUCUGCACCCAACGUCAGCUCUCACCGCCCGCAAGACUUCUCGACCACGACCGAAGUCGACCUCGAGAAUCAGCGCCGGAUACAGUCUCAACAACGCACCAAAGCCGGCGGUUGGGCCUCGAAGUCUCUUCUUGAAAGAGAAAUGGAACGCGAGCGAGAACGGCAGCGAGAGUGGGAAGAAUCACAGCGGGAUACGGCUUCGCGCGCACGGGACAUCCGAGAAGGAAGUGCGCCGGGCCAUACUUGGGAUGUUCAUCAGUACGGCUAUAUGGGUGGCGAUAGUCAGAAUCGAGGCGGCCCAGGGCUUGGUGUUGGAGGUGCCAGACGACAAAUCAUCGGACCGCGACCUCCACCUUAG